GUGCCUGGCACCGUGCCUGGCCGCGAUUUGUCCUAAUUCGACCCGAAUUCGUUGUUUUCUUUAAAUAAGGCCCCCAUAACCCCGUUUUGGGGGUUACGAACAUUACGGAGAGGCCUAGGGACGAAUUUAACACCGUUUUACGCUAUUUUCUUCCAAGACCCUGGGAUUAUUUGUAAGUUCAUCUUUUUAAUUAAUGACAAUUAUUUCUAUUCAUCCCAAUUCUGUUGAUUCUUCAAUUAUGAAUUGUGAGUACUUUAAUUAGGGAUUUGGGAUUGAUGAAGGGGUUAAUCAUGAUGUAUGGUUAGAUUCUUGUCGGUUUAAUUGCAUGAAUGCCGUUUAAUUUGUGUUUGAAUAAUUUAAUUGAUAUCUCUUGUAACCUAGACUGCAGCUAGAAUUACAAUUGCAUGUAGAAUAAAUUAAGAGAGAUCUAAUUUGUUCUAGGACACAUUCACACACACUUAAUCGUUCGCUAAGAGAUUAGUAGCGAUUAAGGGGCCGUAAGCUCGCUCGUCUUGGCAAUAAUUUAGGAUCCUGUCGCAUGAGAGAUCAGCCUGGUCCCCUAAAUUAUUGUACUCUACGCCGCGAGAGCGGUAAGAACUUAGUAAUGAUUAGCUAGGCUCAAUUAAAUUAAAUUCAUGUAAUUAGGCCUGAUCUGCCAGAAAUCUGGUUACCCCGGAAUCAAUCCCUGCUCCCUUCGUCGUUAAUUGAGAAGAAAAUAAUCUUUUAUUUUUAUCGCGCAUUAGCAUUAGUUUUAAUUUUAAUUCAAUCAAUCAAAUCUCGCACAUCGCAUUUUAAUUUAUUUAUUUCUGUUUAAUCGCUGAAUUUAGUUAAUCUUUAUUUCCCUUUUGUCCGUCCCUGUGGAGACGAUACUCGUACUUUACACCACUUUUCUACAACUAUUUUAAGUGCGAGAAAAUACACAUCAGGACAGUACUAUUGGUCCGGAGUAACUACUUCGGGUCCUGCGGGCCCGGGGUAUUACAGGUAAAUCUGUAACACCCCCAUUUUCCCUCCCAAAAUAAUACUUGAAAUAAUAGAUUUAUUGAUAAUAAACUUGAUUUAUUCAAAACAGAUGAAAAGUUUUGCAGCGGAAAUAACAUUAAUAAUAGAAUAGUUAUUGAUUUAGAAUUUUUAUAUAUAUUAGAAGGAGAGUUCAAGUGAAGACCAAGUUAGAGAUUUUAUUAAGGGGAUUAUUGCGAUUUAAGGUAAGUUUCUCUGCCGAUCCAAAAUGAUUUCCUAGUACUAUAUGUUAUUAUGUGAUUAAAUGUGAAUUUUGAAUUUGUAUGUGAUUUUGAGGAGAUAUUAGAUCUAUGGUAUUUGAGAAGUGCAAACUAAGUACUUUUGGGUAUUAAAUAUUUUUAAAUACCUUUGAGACUAUUUAGAGAGAUUGAGAAAUAUUUUUGGAAGUAUAUCUAAAGUCAAGAUAAAAUUUACGUUUUCAUAAGUGAGCACCCGGGAGAAAUCCGUGGUGUCGGUUUUCCACAUCCGGAUAAAUGUGGAGGGUGAUUAAGGCUGCUACUACUAAGAAGUACAGUUUGAGUUUGAAGUGACAAUUGGAUCUAUGAUCCCUUUUAAGAAGAAGUUAUAGUAGUAGUAGUCCCUAAUCAUUCAAGAAUUCUAAAGGUGGGGUAGUUGGUAGACUGAGUCCCGAUUACUCGUGACGACUUACUACUCGGAGGGCUUGGAAUCCCUUUUAGGGGGUGUGCACACUUAAGGUAGUCGUUUCGUUUCCAUUAGCAGUUGUGGUACCGGGAAAAGUCCCGGGGUGGCCGUACAUAACAACGUAACCACCGGGCUCAACCAGAGUGUUGAGCACCGCCCUUCUAAAUUACUAGGAAGAUAGAGAAGAAGUGAAUUUUGAGAAAUUCUAUUAGAAGAGUUACUAUAGUAUUUUCAAAGAAAAGUUGAGGACUUUAUUAAAGAAGUGAUUUUGAGAAAUAUCAAAGAGAAAAGAAUUUUGGUGGAGUGUGUCAUUUUUAUAUAGUACUAUAUGAAAAACUAUAUUUCGCCAAACCUGAUUAUUUUACGGGGUUGGGUAGUACUUACUUAGCUCUAAAGCUAAUUUUUGUUUCUUUUUCCCUGUUUUGUUUUCGGCACUUUAUUUGUGCAGGUGAUGAUGCUUAUGUGGACUGAUGAUUGUAUGACCACGAGAGCGGUUUAGAAAUGCCUUAGUCAAACCUAGUCAAAAAUUAUAAUUUAAUUAUGUCGAACACUUGUUUUAUUCUGUUUUGUUUUGGGAUUGCUUGUGCAUUCGGUUAAGAGAUGACAGGAUGUGGCGGUAACACCCAUUUCCCAAUUAAUGUUAUUUCCGCUGCAAAACUUUUCAUCUGUUUUGAAUAAAUCAAGUUUAUUAUCAAUAAAUCUAUUAUUUCAAGUAUUAUUUUGGGAGGGAAAAUGGGGGUGUUACACAAGUCUUGUGGUUGAGGUUAACAACAAAAGAUCUACAAUAGCGAUCCACAACUUCAAACUCGAAAUAUAAAGUUGAUUUCACCUGAUAGAAAGCAUAUAAAAAAUACAGUUAAGAAAUAAUGAAUGUAAGAAAACAAAAGCCAAGAGUCAUAUUCAUAAACUGAAAGAUGGCAAUAAAGUGAUACAUACGAAAAUAUAACAACACUUAUGGCAAUAAGUUACAACCUCAAUUAAUGAAAUAGGGAAAACACUGAAACCUGCAUGCGUGUGGAUUCAGCCUGCACAGUAACUAAAUGGUUCUCGCCUUUGGGGGACAAGAAAAUGGAUGUUUUAAGGGCUUCCUCACUACUUUUCGUGAACCACUGUUGCAUUCUUUCACGUAAAAAAUCAACCAAUUUACAAACUGAAUACUCUCUAGCACAAACAUUUACUUUGUUUAACGAUUCUGCACAAUUUGAUGUCCUGAUGCCAUAUCUGCGUGGACCAGCAACACACUUAGCUCAUCUAUGGUUACCAACUUUACUUAACCAAGGUCGGAUUCUAGCAUCUUCUGUGUCCAACAUUGACAAAUAUUCCUCAAGUUCUUGCAUAGUGUUUGCUGAAUAAGCAGCUUUAAACUUCCAUCCAAGACCAUUGGCACCACUUCUGAAUUUUGAAAUCAAAUUACGCCUCAGGUGUUCAACACAAAAGCCAUGAAGAGCAUGGGGGAAGACUUCAGCAGCAGCAGAGAUUAAGCCUUUGUGGCGAUCAUACACUAUAUACAUAUCACUUCGCAUAGAGAUUGAACCACUCAACCUGCUUAGAAACCACAGCCAAGAUGCUUUGGUUUCAAAAUCACAGAUUUCAAAUGCCAAGGGAAUGAUGUGGUUGUUGGCAUCUUGAGCACAGGCCGUAAGCAAAGUACCUUUGUAAUAUGCCUUCAUGAACGAGCUAUCUAAGAUAAGUACAGGUCUACAAAACUCUCAUGCUUCACGCCAAGGUUUUAAUGAAAAGAAAAAAUACUGAAAUGCACCAUCAGCAGCCGUUACAAGUUUUAUGGUAGAAUCUGGAUUUGCUUCUUCAAGUACAUACGCCAUUGAAGGUAGCUUCUGGUAUGACUCUGCAUCAGAUCCGAAAUGCCUUUCCUUUGCACGUUUCUGUGCUUCCCAAGUUUUCUUGUACGACAUAGAAAUCCAAUAUUCCAAAUUCAUAUCAUGCUUGAUCUGUUUUGGCGUAUAAGGUUUAACAGAAGCAUCCAAAAAUUUGUGUGCCACAAGAUUAGCAAUAACACUAGGUGUUGAGUUUAAUCCAACACGAUAUAGUAAAUAUAUGUAUGAACACUCAGUUUUUACGUGGAAACCCGAAAGGGAGAAAACCACGGGACUUUUUAGGCUAAUGUCUAAGCCCUCUCAUUCUCAUUAGACUCUCCUCACCAUUACAUAGUACAAUUUGAGCUCCCAUUAAUGGAGUAUUGAGCUAAGUCUAAAAGAAGAAGGAAGAUGGAGCUAAAAGAGCAUCCUUUACAUGGAGGGAAAGCCUCCUAUAAAUAGGGAAAGGGGUGAGGGAAGUACUCCACCCUAAUGGGCCAAACGGGCCGAUGUCGGGCCUAAUGGCCAAAGUGGGCCGGACGGGCCGAAAUGGGCCUAGCUGCUCGGGCUCCGUACUGGAUAAUGUCUUGGGCUCCUGAAUAGUAAUAGGCCGGGAUAAUAUAUCCCAACACAAGUCCCCCAGUUUCUUGAGUAGUGAGCUCGCGAAUCUGCUCGAGAAAAUAUACUCUGCCUGCGCUCUUCCUCUGUCUUGCUGGAAACUGUGUCUUCACAUAAUCAUAAUAUAUGAGUGAGUGUCUGCACUCCUGAACGUAAUCUACCAGUGAGGCACCCCCCUUUCCGACAGGGUCGGGCGAAGGGUGCUCCUCCACGGGCACACUCCCCCUGAAUGCAUCAGGCGGGAGUAAAGCACUCUGACUCGAGCUUUCCAAUCGGAGAAGCUUAGAGGUCCAUGCAUCUAUAAACCGACGUUCAUAGGGGGACGAGGCCGGUCUCCAAAUAUGAUGAUCAUGCUGUGCCGAGGGGCCGGUCAUGAUGUAAUGAUGGCAUCAGACGGCCCUCGGCCGUGACGAUCUCUUCUAGGCCCUCGGCCUCUGAAUGACGGGUGAUCGUCUCACGGUUCUCUGUCAUGGCAUUCGCCUCUAGACCCUCGGCCUCUAGGUGUUCUUCCUAGGCCAUCGGUCUCUGGCGUGGAGAUGCUUGUCCCACAGUUCUCAACUGUGGUGGUCUCCUCUAGGCCCUCGGCCUCUGGGUGGAGAUGCUCAUCUCUCGGCUCUCAGCCGUGAUGGUCUCCUCUUUAGCUGGCCCUGAACGCCUUUGAGACUCAGGUCGAGCGUCUUUUAAUCAUUUCGCUCGAUCACGUCGAGUGGCUUCAGCUGCGUAACUAACAUGGUAACGGGCCGCACGGCCCGACAAUAAAUAUGCACACAUAACCAUUUGCAUGGCUUUCUCUUUAACAUCCACGAUUACCGGCCUAUGGGUCAUCGUGACCCUCGGCCCGGCUCAUCGUGCGGGGUUAAUGGACGUAGCAGCUCGCGGCGGGGCCAAUUAGCAGCCCGCCGAACGUCACAUAGAGAUAAUCACUGGUCUGUGAGUUUGAAAACUCAGACCCAAGUUGGUCGCACUGCCCUCGAAAAGACGAGGUUGAGCGCUUCGGUGCCCUCGGGCCCCAUAGGCCACGUUUGGCAAUAGUCACUUCGCGCCUAGCGGCGCGGAUGGUUCUGGGGUACGGUCGUCGAUCGGGCACGUAGUGCCGUGUGGACUAAUGCGCAACCCUCCAAUUAAAGUGCGUCGUCGGGGCAUCGCCCUUCUGGAGACGCUCGGAUAACUUAAUCAAAGCUGAUCGAGAGUAGGCUAAUCGAACCCACCAACAAUUAAAUAUUUUAAUAAAAAAGUUGGCUGAACUAAUUAUCACUAGAGCUUCACUCUGCAUUAUUUAAUUUCGGGACAUUUUUAUCCCUAAUAAAUAAUAGUGAUGUACGGGUAGUAAUAAUAGUAUUAUCCUACCAUAAGUCAUUCAGAUACACUCCGUUCGCUAAUUAAAGCUGAUCGGGAGCGGGCCAACGGGCCCAGAACAACCAGUCAUCUAAUUUAAAUGGCGGUGAAGCUAUUUAUCACUUAGAGAAUCGCUCGACAUUAUUUAAUUUCGGGAAAAUUUACUCCCUUUUAAAUAAUGGUGAUAAAAACUAAUUAACUAAUAAUAAUAUUAGUAUCUCAAUACGGAGCACUUAAAAUAGGAGUAAGAUAAGUUACUUUGCUUCUAGAGUCAUGAGUGGAGUGUUGACCGCCCAAAAUAAUACACGGUGCUCCAUCUUUACUGCCAACUCCCCUUUAGACUUUGGCCCUUCGUACGUGGACCGCUCUCAACCGCAGAUUAUACCGUGGGAUCGACCCAGCGUGCGCAGGGUGUGCCGAUCCCUAAGCGGCAUCGUUUUAUUUAAAAAAAAAAUCGAUCUUCUUCCUUCCCAACUUUUCGGCAGGCCGUUUCUCCGCAGAUUCAAUUUAGGGACAUGGAAAAUCAUUGGAGCCCCCGUUGGAUGUAUCUAGAUUCGUGCAGCUCAAAUCCCCAACCAAUCAAAAAAAGUUCUCUCUUCGCUUCUUUGAAUCGUGAAUUGACACCCCCAGCCCUGAAGAGAAAGCUCGGUUAGCUGCUGAAGAAUAGUGCUCUUUGAUUUUGUGGAAAGAAUUAGGGAAGGGAAGCUUACUGCUUUUUUAUGGAGUAAUUGGUUUGGAUGCGUAUGGUGAUAUGGAGUAAUUGGUUUAUAUGUAUAUUAAUUAAUACAUGGAAUUACAUAUUUUUAUAUGUGAGUUACAUUUUUUAAAGUUACAUCUUUUUAGAAGUGAGUUACAUCUUCUGAAGCGCGAGUUACAUUUGUAAUAACAUGAGUUACAUAAUAAAAAAUCUGGUAUUCAAACAAAAAAAAUGAUUUUUUUAAAAAUCCUUUAUCAGGUCAUGAUAUUAAAAACCAAACAUAUUUAAGAUUUACAUAAAGUAAUUGUGCAACUAAACUCUCUUUUUCAUUGUUUACAUUGAAAAAGAGAGUUACAUUUCGAAUGAACUUGAGUUACAUUGAUCAAUAACGUGAGUUACAUAUCUUUACACGCGAGUUACAUCAUUCAUAUUAUUGGGCCAAAAAAAUAGUUAUUGUACACGCGUGUACUGUUCACGCGUUACUGUUCACACGAAUUUUUUUUAAAAAAAUUGUGCAAAACUACGUCGUUUUGGGUGUGGGAGCACGGUGCUCACCGUGGGGUGAUACCACGGUAUACGAACUCGCUCUCAACCAAGUGAAGAGCUUCUUGUGGACAGGCAGAUGGAACACCCCACCAAGGCCAAACCGUACAGGUCGGUCGCUGACUGACGGUCGCAGUGGAAGCUGCCGCGAUGCACAGGCUGCCGGAAAAGUAGGUUGCGUUGGAAGGUCGCCCGGGCUCCGAAACAUACCUUCACCAACUUCCAAACCUCCAUUAAUGGAGGCAACCAAGGAGCUCUCAUACGGCAUAUUCCCUUGGUCGCGUCGGCAGGGUCGUGGAAGCUCGAGCCGCGACUGACCAGGGGGAGGAGUGACUAGCAGUUGACCAGCGACGACGAGGACGGCGGUGUGGUGACUCAGGCGGUAGCCGGUUGAACGGGAUGCUAGCCAUGAGCGUCUCUGUUGCAGGGGGUUCUGACCAGAGGACGGGACGACGAGAACUGGGGCAUUGCAGCGAGUUCCGUCUGGUGCAGGUACCCAUCGAAGGUUCCAUGGCGGCGGGGACGGUGACGGUGACGGCGGCUCCGGCGACCCCGGAAACGAGAAUCUGGAAAAAAAAAUACACGCUUCCCAGAUUUCGUAGCUUCCUGGCUUCCCCAAGAAAAGAUUUCUUUGGUCAUGUCGAACCUUCUUCCUCCUGCUUACUUUCCAGAAUCUUUAUUCUUUGUUUUUUUGUUGAAAUCAAUAGUUGUUCGUAUGAAUUUUUUGUAGAAAAAACUCAAGAAUGGUAGAACACACGAAUCUUUUUGGACAGAUUCCCACAGACGGCGCCAGUGUUGAGUUUAAUCCAACACGAUAUAGUAAAUAUAUGUAUGAACACUCAGUUUUUACGUGGAAACCCGAAAGGGAGAAAACCACGGGACUUUUUAGGCUAAUGUCCGAGCCCUCUCAUUCUCAUUAGACUCUCCUCACCAUUACAUAGUACAAUUUGAGCUCCCAUUAAUGGAGUAUUGAGCUAAGUCUAAAAGAAGAAGGAAGAUGGAGCUAAAAGAGCAUCCUUUACAUGGAGGGAAAGCCUCCUAUAAAUAGGGAAAGGGGUGAGGGAAGUACUCGACCCUAAUGGGCCAAAUGGGCCGAUGUCGGGCCUAAUGGCCAAAGUGGGCCGGACGGGCCGAAAUGGGCCUAGCUGCUCGGGCUCCGUACUGGAUAAUGUCUUGGGCUCCUGAACAGUAAUAGGCCGGGAUAAUAUAUCCCAACACAAGUCCCCCAGUUUCUUGAGUAGUGAGCUCGCGAAUCUGCUCGAGAAAAUAUACUCUGCCUGCGCUCUUCCUCUGUGUUGCUGGAAACUGUGUCUUCACAUAAUCAUAAUAUAUGAGUGAGUGUCUGCACUCCUGAACGUAAUCUACCAGUGAGGCACCCCCCUUCCGACAGGGUCGGGCGAAGGGUGCUCCUCCACGGGCACACUCCCCCUGAAUGCAUCAGGCGGGAGUAAAGCACUCUGACUCGAGCUUUCCAAUCGGAGACACGAUGGCGCUGAGAAGCCGAUCGUGCUGCAUAAGACGGUCGUCGCCAUCCUGGAGGGAAUGGGCGAGCCGAACUGUGAAGCCAGGUACGAUGGCGCUGAGGGGCCGAUCGCACUGCAUAAGACGUUCGUCGCCAUCCUGGAGGGAAUGGGGCGAUCCGAACGUGAAAGAGACACGAUGGCGCUGAGAAGAUGAUCGUGCUGCAUAAGACGGUCAUCGCCAUCCUGGAGGGAAUGGGCGAGCCGAACCGUGAAGCCAGGUACGAUGGCGCUGAGGGGCCGAUCGCACUGCAUAAGACGUUCGUCGCCAUCCUGGAGGGAAUGGGGCGAUCUGAACGUGAAAGAGACACGAUGGCGCUAAGAAGCCGAUCGUGCUGCAUAAGUCGGUCAUCGCCAUCCUGGAGGGAAUGGGCGAGCCGAACCGUGAAACCAGGUACGAUGGCGCUGAGGGGCCGAUCGCACUGCAUAAGACGUUCGUCGCCACCCUGGAAGGGAUGGACGCGCUGAACGCGAGCUGGGUACGAUGGCGCUGAGGGGCCGAUCGCACUGCAUAAGACGUUCGUCGCCAUCCUGGAGGGAAUGGGGCGAUCCAAACGUGAAAGAGACACGAUGGCGCUGAGAAGCCAAUCGUGCUGCAUAAGACGGUCAUCGCCAUCCUGGAGGGAAUGGGCGAGCCGAACCGUGAAACCAGGUACGAUGGCGAGGAGGGGGCCGACCGCACUGCAUAAGACGUUCGUCGCCACCCUGGAAGGGAUGGACGAGCUAAACGCGAGCUGGGUAUGAUGGCGCUGAGGGGCCGAUCGUACUGCAUAAGACGGUCGUCGCCAUCCUGGAGGGAGUGGGCGAGCCGAACCGUGAAUCUGGACAUGAUGGUGCUGAGAGGCCGAUCGUGAUGCAUAAGACGUUCGUCGCCACCCUGGAAGGGAUGGACGAGCUGAACGUGAGCUGGGUACGAUGGCGCUGAGGGGCCGAUCGUACCGCAUAAGAUGGUCGUCGCCAUCCUGGAGGGGGAUGGGCGAGCCGAACCGUGAAAUCUAGGCGCGGUCCGUCUUGGCUGGCUAUGAGAAACCGAUCGUCUGUCAGGACUUCAUCCUGGGAGGAAGGGUGGACCUGGGCGUCGUCCCUCUGUCUGAUCUGGGGAGCUGGUAUUCGUCGUCCAAGGCAAAAGAAAACCUGAUGUUAGCCGAUCGUCGUCGGCCACUUCAUUCUUCGUACUUAAGUUUUGUAAUUAUUCUUUACAUAUGUUUUUCAGUUUGUACUUCCCGGUCAAUAGCGCUGAGGGAUAAAAUCAUUCUUUGCUCCGUGCUCUUCUGGCAUCUUUUUUUUUGGAGUCUUUUAGUCUUCGUUCGUCCUUGGUUCUUGGUCCUACCGGCGUCCUUACUUCGAAGAGACGUCCGGUAUCCUCAAAACUCGCAAGGAGGAACAGGUUUAUCUGCAUCGAGAUUCCCCCCUUUUCAUUCGUCCGUGGUCCUUUUAGUCCUACCGGCGUCUCUUGCUUCGAAGAGGACGUUCGGUAUCCAAGGAACUCGCAGGGACGAACUGGUUUACCCUCACGGGUUCCCGGCUUUGUUAUCCCACGCCCAUCGAUCCAUGGUCAUCGUGGGAUGAACAGGUUUAUCUUGGCAAGGCUCCCUUGGUUCGUCUAGCCCCCUCUACGUCUCUACUAACCUCUAUAUCAAGAGGCGUUCGUCUUCGGCGGUGGGAGAAGAUGUGGCACACCCGGGCAAGAUUCCCUUCCACAUAGGAGCUCACCUCCUCUUCUCCCCAUCUGUUUUUUUGUUUGAGGGAGGCAAUCUAUAUUCUUGGUUCGUCCUUGGUUCUUGGUCCUACCGGCGCUCUUGCUUCGAAGAGACGUUCGGUACCAGCGAAACUCGCAAGGAGGAACAGGUUUAUCUACAUCGAGAUUCCCUAGCUCUUCUUUGUCCGUCCCUGGUCCGUGGUCCUACCGAUCUUCCUACAUCGAAGAAGACAUUCGGUAUCCAAGAAACUCGCAGGGAUCACGGGAUGUCACACAUAAUGGUGGUGGCAUAGCGAACGAAUAUAACGACGAGGCGAUAGAAUAGCUGGUCGUCAUGCAAAGGCGAUGGUAACCCUCCUGGAGGGGAGGGGUGAGCCUGAUCGCUAACUCAAGAAGGUCGGCGUUGGGAGCCGAUAUACAAUGAUCAUAAUGUCGCUGAGCAGUCGGUCCUGAUAAGGAGAUGACAAUAGUGUCUGGUCAGGCCGAUAUAUCCGUGCAACGGCUCUCAUCCAACGCAUCGCGGGGAUGGAACCGGUCUUCAAAAGAUAAGUAUGUCGUGCCGAGAGGCCGAACAUGAUGUGAUAGUGUCGGCAAUGAGGGGCCGACCUGAAAGAAUCAAACAACGGUCCUCGUCCGCGAUGUGGCGGGGACGAGGCCGGUCUUCAAAAGAUAAGCACGCCGAGCCGAGAGGCCGGUCGUGGUAUGAUGAUGUCGGCGAUGAGAGGCCGAACAUGAUGUGAUAGUGUCGGCACUGAGGGACCGACCUGCAAUCCAGCAACAGCUCUCAUCCGCGCAGUGCGGGGAUGAGGCCGGUCUUCAAAACAUAAAUAUGUCGUGCCGAGAGGCCGGACAUAACAUGAUAGUGUCGGCAGUGAGAGGCCGACCUGAAAGAAUCAAACAACGGUCCUCGUCCGCGAUGUGGCGGGGACGAGGCCGGUCUUCAAAAGAUAAGCACGCCGAGUCGAGAGGCCGGUCGUGGUAUGAUGAUGUCGGCGAUGAGAGGCCGAACAUGAUGUGAUAGUGUCGGCACUGAGGGGCCGACCUGCAAUCCAGCAACGGCUCUCAUCCGCGCAGUGCGGGGAUGAGGCCGGUCUUCAAAAGAUAAACACGCCGAGCCGAGAGGCCGGUCAUGAUAUAAUGAAGUCGGCAACGGGAGACCGAUCUGAAAUCAAGCAACGGUCCUCAUCCGCGCAUCGCGGGGACGAGGCCGGUCUUCAAAUAAGAUAAUCACGCCGUGCCGAGAGGCCGGUCGUGAUAUAAUGAUGUCGGCAAUGAGAGGCCGACCUAAAAUCAAGCAACGGUCCUCAUCCGCGCAGCGCGGGGACGAGGCCGGUCUUCAAAAGAUAAACACGCCGUGCCGAGAGGCCGGUCGUGAUAUAAUGAUGUCGGCAAUGAGAGGUUGACCUGAAAUCCAAGCAGCGGUCCUCAUCCGCGAAGUGCGGGGACGAGGCCGGUCUUCAAAUAUGAUGAUCAUGCUGUGCCGAGGGGCCGGUCAUGAUGUAAUGAUGGCAUCAGACGGCCCUCGGCCGUGACGAUCUCUUCUAGGCCCUCAGCCUCUGAAUGACGGGUGAUCGUCUCACGGUUCUCUGUCAUGGCAUUCGCCUCUAGACCCUCGGCCUCUAGGUGUUCUUCCUAGGCCAUCGGUCUCUGGCGUGGAGAUGCUUGUCCCACAGUUCUCAACUGUGGUGGUCUCCUCUAGGCCCUCGGCCUCUGGGUGGAGAUGCUCAUCUCUCGGCUCUCAGUUGUGAUGGUCUCCUCUUUAGCUGGCCCUGAACGCCUUUGAGACUCAGGUCGAGCGUCUUUUAAUCAUUUCGCUCGAUCACGUCGAGUGGCUUCAGCUGCGUAACUAACAUGGUAACGGGCCGCACGGCCCGACAAUAAAUAUGCACACAUAACCAUUUGCAUGGCUUUCUCUUUAACAUCCACGAUUACCGGCCUAUGGGUCAUCGUGACCCUCGGCCCGGCUCAUCGUGCGGGGUUAAUGGACGUAGCAGCUCGCGGCGGGGCCAAUUAGCAGCCCGCCGAACGUCACAUAGAGAUAAUCACUGGUCUGUGAGUUUGAAAACUCAGACCCAAGUUGGUCGCACUGCCCUCGAAAAGACGAGGUUGAGCGCUUCGGUGCCCUCGGGCCCCAUAGGCCACGUUUGGCAAUAGUCACUUCGCGCCUAGCGGCGCGGAUGGUUCUGGGGUACGGUCGUCGAUCGGGCACGUAGUGCCGUGUAGGGGUGGGAUUUUGGAACCGGGAACCGUAGAACCGAUUGGAACCGAACCGUUAACAACAUCUAGAAACCGAACCGUUAACAAUUAAUGCCUCAUUUGUAGGAACCGAACCGAAGCGGGUUAUAACGGUUCGGUUCCCGGUUCCUAUAAAAAAUAUGUGCAUGGAACCGUUAAGGAACCGUUAUAAAAAAAAAUAAAAAAAAAAUAUUAGUAGUAGUAGUAGUAGUAGUAGUAGUAAUAAUAAUAAUAAUAAUAAUAAUAAUAAUAAUAAUAAUAAUAAUAAUAAUAAUAAUAAUAAUAAUAAUAAUAAUAAUAAUAAUAAUAAUAAUAAUAAUAAUAAUAAUAAUAAUAAUAAUAAUAAUAAGGGAAAAAUAAAUAAAAUACCCCGAACUUUGAAGGAGUGUGAGAUAAACACCCCAAACUUUCAUAUGUAAUUUAAAUACCCCAAACUUUAUAUAAAAAGUUAUUUUAGCACCAUGAUCAUAUAUUAUUUUUUUCAAAAAUAGAAAUUUAUGGUGUUAAUUGCAUAAUUCAAAAUAGUAAAUUAAAAAUGUUGCAAUUAUAUAGAGUGGGAGGAAGUAGUAUUUUUUAUUUACAACGGAAGUUUAGAAUGUUAAUUGUAUGUUCAUGAAUGCUAAAAUAUUUUAAAUUAUCAAAUUAACACCAAAAAUUAACAUUUUUAAAGAAAUAAACAUGAAAAUGGUGCUAAAAUAACUUUUUAUAAAAAGUUCAGGGUAUUUAAAUUACAUAUGCAAGUUUGGGGUGCUUAUCUCACACCCCCUCAAAGUUUGGGGUAUUUUAAUUAUUUUUCCCUAAUAAUAAUAAUAAUAAUAUAAUAGCAAUAAUAACCACCACCAAAAACAACUAUAAGAAAACAAUAUAAGAUAUUUAACUAACAAUUCUAAUUUAAUCAACGGAAAAGAAGUAAUAAAUAUUGUACAAGAGGUUGAUAUAAUACAUUAAACUCCUUUCUACAAAUCAAGUUUUGUUCCAUCAUAUAAAUUUUAUAAAUACUCCGUAUAAAAUAACCCAAAUUAUUUGUAGUUGAUUGCACAUAUUUUACUUUACUAUUUUCAUGAUAUUUCUAAUUAUUAGCUUUAUUAUGAAUCAAUAGAAUGUAAUAAUGUUUUUUUAUAUUUAUACAUGCAAACUCAAUGUCUUUUUUUAUGCUUUGAAAGACUUGAAGUAGGCGUCCUAUUCUUGCUACUAUGAUGACGAGUAACCUUCAUCACUCCGACACUACAACGAUUUUUAAUGUUUCAUUUGUUACAUGAAAAUUUAAAUCACUUUUGUUCUAUUAUGUGUUCAAAGUUCAUUAGUUAAGUUUGAGGUUUGGUGUUUGAAGUGAUUAGAGCUUGAAAUAAAAUUUUAAUACACGUGUUUUGAAUUUUCGACGUGUUUAUAUUAUUUGUAGAAAAUAAAUUAUGUGUUGAUUUUUAGACGAGAAAAAAUUAUUCUAGGAACCAGUAAAAGGAAGAACCGAACCGUUUACUACCGGUUCGGUUCCAUAACGGUUCUUGAUUUUUUAUAUAAGAACCGAACCGAUUUCAUUAGUUAAAACUUUUAUAACGGUUCCACUCAUUUUGAGUAAGAACCGAACCGGUCCCAGCCCUAGUGCCGUGUGGACUAAUGCGCAACCCUCCAAUUAAAGUGCGUCGUCGGGGCAUCGCCCUUCUGGAGACGCUCGGAUCACUUAAUCAAAGCUGAUCGAGAGUAGGCUAAUCGAACCCACCAAUAAUUAAAUAUUUUAAUAAAAAAGUUGGCUGAACUAAUUAUCACUAGAGCUUCACUCUGCAUUAUUUAAUUUCGGGACAUUUUUAUCCCUAAUAAAUACUCCCUCCGUCCCUUAAAACUUUGCCAACUUACCUUUUUUGGUUGUCCCAAUAACUUUGCCACUUUCUAUUUUAAGUAAACAAUUUGUGGUUCCAGUUAAUUCUCUCUCCUCUGCACAAACCUCAACCACACAGUUUUUACUUUAUUAAUCUCUGUGUCGGUCAAACUUAGCAAAGUUUUAAGGGACGGAGGUAGUAAUAGUGAUGUACGGGUAGUAAUAAUAGUAUUAUCCUACCAUAAGUCAUUCAGAUACGCUCCGUUCGCUAAUUAAAGCUGAUCGGGAGCGGGCCAACGGGCCCAGAACAACCAGUCAUCUAAUUUAAAUGGCGGUGAAGCUAUUUAUCACUUAGAGCAUCGCUCGACAUUAUUUAAUUUCGGGAAAAUUUACUCCCUUUUAAAUAAUGGUGAUAAAAACUAAUUAACUAAUAAUAAUAUUAGUAUCUCAAUACGGAGCACUUAAAAUAGGAGUAAGAUAAGUUACUUUGCUUCUAGAGUCAUGAGUGGAGUGUUGACCGCCCAAAAUAAUACACGGUGCUCCAUCUUUACUGCCAACUCCCCUUUAGACUUUGGCCCUUCGUACGUGGACCGCUCUCAACCAAGUGAAGAGCUUCUUGUGGACAGGCAGAUGGAACACCCCACCAAGGCCAAACCGUACAGGUCGGUCGCUGACUGACGGUCACAGUGGAAGCUGCCGCGAUGCACAGGCUGCCGGAAAAGUAGGUUGCGUUGGAAGGUCGCCCGGGCUCCGAAACAUACCUUCACCAACUUCCAAACCUCCAUUAAUGGAGGCAACCAAGGAGCUCUCAUACGGCAUAUUCCCUUGGUCGCGUCGGCAGGGUCGUGGAAGCUCGAGUCGCGACUGACCAGGGGGAGGAGUGACUAGCAGUUGACCAGCGACGACGAGGACGGCGGUGUGGUGACUCAGGCGGUAGCCGGUUGAACGGGAUGCUAGCCAUGAGCGUCUCUGUUGCAGGGGGUUCUGACCAGAGGACGGGACGACGAGAACUGGGGCAUCGCAGCGAGUUCCGUCUGGUGCAGGUACCCAUCGAAGGUUCCAUGGCGGCGGGGACGGUGACGGUGACGGCGGCUCCGGCGACCCCAGAAACGAGAAUCUGAAAAAAAAAUACACGCUUCCCAGAUUUCGUAGCUUCCUGGCUUCCCCAAGAAAAGAUUUCUUUGGUCAUGUCGAACCUUCUUCCUCCUGCUUACUUUCCAGAAUCUUUAUUCUUUGUUUUUUUGUUGAAAUCAAUAGUUGUUCGUAUGAAUUUUUUGUAGAAAAAACUCAAGAAUGGUAGAACACACGAAUCUUUUUGGACAGAUUUCCACAGACGGCGCCAGUGUUGAGUUUAAUCCAACACGAUAUAGUAAAUAUAUGUAUGAACACUCAGUUUUUACGUGGAAACCCGAAAGGGAGAAAACCACGGGACUUUUUAGGCUAAUGUCCAAG